CCCCACUCUAUAAAUAGACAACUACAAAACCCAUAAUAGUAAACAGAAAAACAAAAACAUAGCUAUUCACCCUUAAAAGAACAGAGCAAAAACAGAAUUAAGAAAACAGGGGCGAGUUUUAAACCAAAUUCAGAGAACACGAAAGAAGCAAUGGCAAGAAAACUAAGCAUGGUUUUAUUCGCAGCCUUUGCUGCGGUGGCUAUGUUCCAAAGCUCGGUGGUGGCCACGACCUACACCGUCGGAGAUUCCACCUCUUGGUCUAUCCCUUCUUCUCCUAAUGCUUACUCCACUUGGGCUGCCGGGAAAUCUUUCAAAGUUGGAGACAUUCUUGUGUUCAAUUUUAUGUCAGGUCAACACGAUGUGGCUGAGGUUACAAAGGCUAACUACGAUUCAUGCAGUGGUACCAACCCUAUUUCUCGUCAGACCUCUAGUCCGGUGAGCAUUACACUACAAAAAACCGGCGGCCAUUACUAUAUCUGCACCGUUCCCGGCCACUGUAACGCCGGUCAGAAGCUCGCAAUCAACGUCACAGGAGCUUCUUCUCCGGCACCUCAACCGGCCAGGUCUCCUAGUCCUACACCAUCAUCUUCACCUUCUCCGGUUAUGUCGCCGAAUGUUGCUCCCCAACCCAGCUCUCCUUCACCAUCAUCUUCAUCAUCUCCUUCCCCUUCUCCGGUUCCAGUUCAGGGUCCGGCUUCGGCUCCACAGUCAUCCUCUCCUUCUCCGGUACCAUCUUCAAAUGAAGCUCCACAACCCUCAUCAUCUGCUUCUCCUCCAUCGACCAGCAUUCCCACCUCUCCUUCUCCAGAUUCCACAACUUCAUCCCCGCCGUCUCCGUCUACUACUGGCACCGCCAGUCCACCUGAAAACUCCGGUGCCGGUUCCCUCAGCGUUGUUGGCUUUUCUGCUACCAUUUUGACAGUUGUGGCUUUGGCUUUGUGAACUAACUAAAAUUAUAGUUUGGUUGAGACAUAAUGAUUCGAUGUCAUUGUUAUUUUUAUUAUGAUUAUGAUUGUUAUUAUUUUAUUUUUCUCUUGUGACAUUCUGAUUAUUACUGAAUAUACAGAUUGAUCGGUUUUAUGUA